AAAGUGGGUAAAGUUAUCGCAUAACAAGUCGGGAUGCAUUCAUGAAGCAGGUCGGCUGUGUGGCUAGAUCAGCAGCUAAGUUGUCAAGAGCGUGCCACCGCCAGUACGACUCUGCCUCGUCAUAUGAGCCGCAGUACUCGCGAUGGCUCUGUUCACGGUACUCCUAGUACUAGUGCUAGUACGCGAACCGCGGGGUUUUUUCGACGCCGUCGACGCUCUCAAGACGCGGUACGAACACGACGCUCUCGCCGCCACGCGCUGUAAAACGAGCUGUUGGCACCAACCCAACAAAAACUCGUGUGUCAAAUCGUGUCUAGCUGCACCUUUCAAUAAACCCGGUCGUUGUCCACAAAACGGCAAAAUCUUAUCACCUUUCGACGCCGUUUGCUUAACGACUUGCACUCAAGAUAAUCAAUGUCCAAAUUUGAAAAAAUGCUGCCGGCACAGUUGCGGAGUCACUUGUCAACAUCCCGAAGAACUGUUAUCAGCAGUGGGCAUUCCUCCUAUCCCCCAAGACAUAAAACUGACCGAAGGCUUAAGAAAACGCACGGUUCAUAUCGAAUGGAACCCAGGACUGCAAUAUGGGGAAAAUUCCGAAGUCGUCCUCUACUUACUCGAAGAGCGUCACCACACCGGACGCAACUUUAUCGAAGAACAUUUAAGUGAAUGGUCGCAAUGUGGUCAAACUAACAAAACUAGUCACAUUUUACGAAAUGUUGUCAAGCCCGGUCGUUGGUACCAAUUCCGGGUGGCCGCAGUGAACGAAAAUGGUACUAAAGGCUUCUCCGAUAAUUCACCCACUUUCAGUGUUUCCGCAAGACCUAGAGCCCCCAGAGCUCCUCAAAAUAUGACAGUUAGCUCAUUGUGGAGUGACUCAAACGGGACUUUGAUCGGAGAAUUGUGUUGGGCGCCUCCACUCUCAGAUUUGCCAAUUCAAAAAUAUAAAGUUUUUUGGAGUCGAAGACUGCAUGGUGACAAAGCUCUGAAUUCGGUUCUUGUAAAUCAGAGAGUGGUACCAAAGGAACAAACAAGGUUUUUAUUGCAAAACCUCCAACCUAACUCUUUGUAUUUUCUUCAAAUUCAGGCGUUAGCUCAAUAUGGUAAAAGCCGCCUAAAGGGAGAAAAAUCAGGACUUGUUUUAAACACAACAAACUACAUGAAUGUUACUCAUAGUUUAGUCUCGACUAAAUCACCGAUUAGAAAUAAAAUCCAAGACUUACAGGUGUUAAAAAUCUAUUGGUCUCAGAAUAGUUUAAAAGCGAAAAUAAUUUGGAAACCUGGGAAAGACUCUUCAAAAUAUGCCGUGUCUUUAUGGGCUUGGCCUUGUCACAAAAAUUCAAAAUCUCGGAAUCAUUUUAAAUUAGCAGUGACAACAAAAAUGUCUCAUUAUGUUUUAACUAAUCUCGAAUUUGAGUAUCGAUAUAGAGUUAGUGUUAGAAGUAUAUCUGAAGAAGGAAUAAAGUCAGUGGAGGAUACUUCAAUAACGUUUCUUGUUCCUUCUUGUAGCGAAUUUAAAAAAACCAAUCAAAAGGCGAAAUGUACAAAUUAAAAGUGUAAUAUAAUAUUUAUAACUUUGUUUAGCAACCGAAUAAA